GGAGCGCUUUGGUGGUUCAACUACUCCGGAACGGGGGUUGCUUCGUGUGUCAGGUUUGAAUUAAAUGUUUUUUUUAGUUCUCUAAACAUCACCAGCAGACGUACAUUACUGCAAAUAAGCGAACCAAACUGAUCAACUGUUCGGUGCCGUUCAACGGCACACCAGAUAGCCCGCCAGUUAAAGCGUUUAAACAUUUAUGCGCGAGAGCUGCGUCAACUAAGCUCCCUCCUCUCCGGAGUCCAUGUCUCCGGUUCCCCCCCGCGCUAGGAUUGCUCUUGGAACAUUCCCCAUCGCAGGGUGUGGAUCCAGAGCCGGCCAGAGAGAACAGCUAACAGGGAGCGAAUUCAGGGAAAGCGGCGAAUAUGAUGUAAAGCUGCUCGAGUGGGAAAGACUCGGUGGAGAAAAAUCCUGCGAGAGAAAGGGAUUUGAGGGCAACGAGCGCACAGAGUGCGAAGUGAAAAGGACAAGCGGCGGAGGGCAGUUGACGGAGCCCCAGACGGAAGCUAUCUCAACACCGGCUGGCAGAGAAUAGCCUGCGGAGGCUGUGCGGAAUGGAAGCCACAGGACUGAACGUCGCUAGCCUUUCUUUAUUCUGAACCGAGGAAUUUGGGAGUUUUGAUCCGGAGUUGUCUCGUUUCUGCGGGGAUCACCGAGUUUUCAGGAAGACGUGCAAUAGCGGCCUUUUUGUGAGCAAUAGCUAGCAACAGUAUAUGCAUAUGAGACGGUGACGGGGAAUACAACCAGAAGGAAUGAGGUCCUAUCUUUUUGAAGCUGAAGCGAAACCGACCAAAAUAAGGAAAGCAUAAUGUGGAAUAUCUGUUUUCAGACGUGUGGAUCUUUUUUGUAAAUAUUACCCAAAUGCAACGCAUGGCUAGCUCAGCUAGCUAAAGCAAAUAGCUUAGACCAAACUGAGUUGAAAGGGGCGUACAGUUUGUAGCUGCGUUUUAAAGGCACAUCAUAAUGCAAAACAAAAAUGGGAGGCUAUCUCUUUUAAGCUUACUCGACCGCAGGUGCAUUAACGUUUAGAUUUUCGCUUUUCGUGGGUUGCUACCCCUUAACUUUGGAGAAAUACAAGCAGUUACUUGGGUGCCUGGGAUUACAGUCGCACUACAGCACUUUGCAUAUUGCGUUUUGUGUGCACGUGUAGGAUUCCUCUCCCCUGCGCACGAAAAUAUUUAUCACAAUAGUCAAUAUUUACCUAGUCGCCGUGUUUUGAUCCCCCCCCCUCCUACGACCUGUCAAAGUGUAAGGUCACUAUAGUGGAGAUCUGCGGACCUGAGCUAGUUCCGGAAAAAAAGUGGAGUUCGUGAUCGUGUAUUUUUCAUGUGUACGUGUAUGGCAGACAGGGUUGAUAAGAAAACGCUUGUUUAAGAGGUAGAUUUAAACUUUUCUCUCUUUCCCCGGAUCGUUCCUCUGAAUUCAAGGAUUGAGGCGAAACUGAAAAAAAGGCAGGGAAGAAUAGGCGCUGUCGUUAGUUGCUACUCUCAGUUUGGUUUUUGACAGAUUUGUUUCCCUUAGGAUACCUAGACGGAAUCUAAGCGCCGCUAUUGCUAUUUUUAGGGGGAGUGAUGGGGUAAAUGGUGUUAGCCUGAAAUUGAGACCCUCCUCCCAGCCCACCAACACUUCCAGGUUUAGCUCCGUUUCCCGUGUCAGCUGCUGAAUUGUCCGGACUGUACAACCAAGAAGGGGGUUCUUUCUCUCGGUCAGCAAGCUCUCCUCCCUCGUCUAUGACUUAACUGGAAGUUGACUUUUUUUUUUUUCCUCUUUUCCUUUUUUUGUUAGUGGAACGAACUUUUUAGUCGUCACGGGACAAUGCAUGAACCAUGAAAACAGUCGUGCUUUAGGAGUAAACUCAAGUAACCAAAUAAUUUCAUCCAUAUAUACACAAAAAUCCUAUAUCUUACAGAAGUAUAUAUAUAUAAAUAUAUAACAAAUAUAUUAAAUAAGUAUAUUAUAUUUUUACGUCUGAAUUAAGCAUCGUUGCCUGAUAUCCAAUUCAUUGCCUUAGAGAUAGUUAAAUAGUAAUAAAGGGAAAACCAAGGACAGAAGUGGACCUUUUUUGGAAACAAGUUUAUAUGGUGCCUUUUUCUUUUAUCAGUUCCUUCUGUCUCUCUUGCUUCAGGAUUGUCUCACUUAUCAAGAAAUAUUUUUGUGCGGGGAACCCAAAUCAAAACUAUAUGUAUAUUUGCCUUUCCAGUCUCGACUUGAGUUGAUUCAUUGUUGGAUGUAUGUUGCUGGAUCGCCGAGUUAAUGAAGAUUUCAGUCAAGGAUUAUCAUUACUUGAUGCAUACCCUAUUUUUUCCAAAGUAAAAUUUGGGUACCGCAACCGGUAACCUUUAAUUGACACAAUUUUUUUUUGGGGAUACCACGACCCAACACACAAGAGUUUCCGAUGGUGAUCACUUCAGAGGAGAAGCAGCAGCCUUCUAACAGAAUGGUUGCGAACUUACCGACCGAAUCCUGGAUUGGCAACCCAGAUCAGAGCCGCUAUCUGCCCCAGUCACACCUGCUCCGGAAGCCAUCGAAAAGUGGAAGCAGCUCAGGAUGCAAGCCCCCCUCCUCCUCCCUCUGCCAGCCUGCUGCCUUGGGCUUCUCCCCCGCUGAGCCAACCAUGUCGAGCCAGCACAGCCACCCCUCCUUCAGUAACAUCCACUCCAUGGCUGAGCAGCAGCAGGUGCUGUCAGAUAUGACCAUACUGCAGAGGAGGAUCCCCCCGAGCUUUCGAGAUCCUGCCAGCGCUCCGCUCCGAAAACUCUCCGUCGAUCUCAUCAAGACUUACAAGCACAUCAAUGAGGUGUACUACACGAAGAAGAAGCGGCGUGCCCAGCAGGUGCCGCCCGAGGACUCCAGCACCAAGAAGGAGCGCAAGGUGUACAACGACGGCUACGACGACGACAACUACGACUACAUCGUCAAGAACGGGGAGAAGUGGCUGGACCGCUACGAGAUCGACUCUCUCAUCGGCAAGGGUUCCUUCGGGCAGGUGGUGAAAGCGUACGACCACCACGAGCAGGAGUGGGUGGCCAUCAAGAUCAUCAAGAACAAGAAAGCCUUCCUGAACCAGGCCCAGAUCGAGCUGCGCCUGCUGGAGCUCAUGAACAAACACGACACCGAGAUGAAGUACUACAUUGUCCACCUGAAGAGGCACUUCAUGUUCCGCAACCACCUGUGCCUGGUGUUCGAGCUUCUCUCCUACAACCUGUACGACCUCCUGCGCAACACCAACUUCCGCGGCGUCUCGCUCAACCUGACGCGCAAGUUCGCCCAGCAGCUCUGCACGGCGCUGCUCUUCCUGGCCACGCCCGAGCUCAGCAUCAUCCACUGCGACCUCAAGCCCGAGAACAUCCUGCUGUGCAACCCCAAGCGCAGCGCCAUCAAGAUCGUCGACUUCGGCAGCUCCUGCCAGCUGGGCCAGCGGAUCUACCAGUACAUCCAGAGCCGGUUCUACCGCUCCCCGGAGGUGCUGCUGGGGAUGCCCUACGACCUGGCCAUCGACAUGUGGUCCCUGGGCUGCAUCCUGGUGGAGAUGCACACAGGAGAGCCCCUGUUCAGUGGCUCCAAUGAGGUGGAUCAGAUGAAUAAGAUCGUGGAGGUUUUGGGGGUCCCGCCCAACCACAUGCUGGACCAGGCCCCCAAAGCCCGCAAAUACUUCGACAAACUGUCCGACGGCCUCUGGACCGUCAAGAAGAACAAGGAUAUAAAGAAGGUACUUUAUCCCUCGGCCUCUGAGUACAAGCCCCCAGCGACGCGCCGGCUCCAUGAGAUCCUGGGCGUGGAGACGGGGGGCCCCGGGGGGCGGCGGGCCGGGGAGCAGGGCCACGCCCCCUGCGACUACCUAAAGUUCAAGGACCUGAUCCUGCGCAUGUUGGACUACGACCCCAAGACGCGCAUCACGCCCUUCUACGCGCUGCAGCACAACUUCUUCAAGAAGACCACGGACGAGGGCACCAACACCAGCAGCUCCACCUCCACCAGCCCGGCCAUGGACCACAGCCACUCCACCUCCACCACCAGCUCCGUCUCCAGCUCGGGUGGGUCUAGCGGUUCUUCCAAUGACAACCGAAAUUACCGGUACAGCAACCGAUACUACAACAGUGCAGUCACUCACACCGACUACGAGAUGCAGAGUCCACAGGCCCCCUCUCAGCAGCAGCUGCGCCUGUGGCCGGGAGGGGAGGGGGGCGUGGGCCCCCUGUCCAACAGCGGAGACCCCGCCUACCCGCAGCUGCUGCUGCACAAGCCGGCCGCGACCCAGCACUCGCGCCACUUCCUGUCCGGCAUGAUGGAGCCCCACCACCCCCACCCCAUCUACGGCGGUCACCACGGCAACGGCAGGCAGCUCCGCCAGCAGCAGCAGCAGCAGCAGCAGGGGCCGGGGCAGCAGGGGCAGCAGGGGCAGCAGAACCAGCCGCAGGGGCAGCAGCAGGCCCCGGCGGGGCAGCAGCUGAUCCCCCUCACCUCCCCGCAGAUGCAGGACAGCAUCGAGCUCAGCCUCACGCACCACCAUCACCUGGGCCAGUCUUCCAUCAUGCCCCCGCCUCCCAGCUUGGACUCCACCCAGUACAGCUCCUCCACCUUGCAUCUGGGCCUCUCCGCCUUUCGGACUAGGACAGUCAUGGCCCCCCAGCCCCCGCCCCCGCCGCCCCCGGCGGCCUCCCAGCAACAGUUGGCCCAGCCGCCCCCCUCUCAGGACAGCAUGGUAGCUGCCUCCGGGCUGGGGUACAUCCCCCCCUGUUACCCUGGCAGCAACAACAAUAACAACCCGCCCCAGGGAAGCGUCGGGGUCGGGGGCAGUAUGUUAACCGGGGGCGUCCCGCCCAGGGGAGUAGGGGGCGGGGGUAGGCCGGAUUCCGAGGAAUCGGCCAUGAUGGGGGUCUGUGGUAGCGGAGGGGGCCAGAAUGCGGCCAACUCUUGAUAAAUCUUGAACAAAUUCCAAAAGCCAUACAAAAUUUUAAAGUGACAUAACAUAACGACAACUGACAAGUACAUGCGAACAGACACGCACGCACGCACACAUACACCUGCGCGCACGCACGCUCACAAACACACACACACACACACACACAUACACACGGAUAAACAGAGACAAACUUGUGAAAUAUCAAAGGAAGUUUUUGCUUUGCAUGGGGAGAGGGUUGAGGGAGGGUUAAAGGGGGGAGGCUUGAAACCAUUUUUCUUUUCUGUUUCUUUUUUCGUUUUUUCUUUAUUUGAAGGGGAGGAAAAAGGGGCUUAAGUAGACGGAACAGAAAGUUUCAGAAAGUUUGUUUUUAUUAUUAUUAUUAUUAUUAUUAUUAUUAUUUGAUUUUAUGUGAUUUCAGGACAGGUUUGCAGCAAGAUUGGGGGUUUUUGUUGUUGUUUUGGGUUGUAUUUGGAAAAUGGAAAGCGUGAUGGAAGGACAGGAUUGGAAAGUUGAUUGGGUUGUGAAGAGAGGAUAGAGGAGGAGAGAGAGGAUGCCCUAUGCUAUUUUUUUUAAUCUUUUUUUUUUAUUUUAUUUUUUCUGAAGUCUAGGCGUUUAAUUGUAAAUUGUUAAUUUAUUAAAAGUCACUACAUGAGGAGGUAAAUGUGGGAAUCGGAGAGAAUGAAAAUGAACGGUAUGUUUUUUUCCUGGGUUUAUUGGUUUUAUUUAUUCAGUGUUUUAUUUUUUUUAUUUUUUUUUUAUUUUUUGUUUGUUUUUGUUUUUUACUUUCCUGAGGGACAAACAACACCUAUACAUACACAAGACAGACAAACAAAAUGGGUUUCUGUAUUUUUGUUUUUCAUUUUGGUCAAUUUUCCUCACUUUUUGUUUCAUUUUUUUAAUGUUUCAAAUCUUCUCUCGCUUGACAACACUGGCUUAUAUUUCAAACUAUGAAUACAAAUCAAAUAAAAUGAGGAAAAAGUAGUCACCACACAGAGAAAAAAACACAAGGAGGGAGGCUAAAACAUUUUGCCGACAUGAGCCGCUUUUUAAGGAGAGGGGGAAUAAAACAAAAACCACACAAAGGAGGAAAAAAAUACAAGAAAAACGACAAAAAAGAAAACAUUUUGCCUGAAGGAAAACCAAAAUGCUUCCCUGUUGUUUAACAUAAUAGUCUGCCUUCUUCUUCACCAUCUCACCACCUGACUCUUUCGUUUUGGACGGAAAUCAACAACAACAACAAAAAAAGUUACACAAAAAAAAACACAAAAAAACAAAUUGUGGGUUGGAUUAACUGGAUACGCUAAGCCAAAUCUUGCUCACUCUUUCUGUUUCUCUGCCCCCUUUUUCUGUUGUAAGGAAGAGAGGGGGGGUCGUCAAUAUUUAGCAGGAGGGAGGGGUUCAAUAGAUUGAGGGGACAAUUUACUGCCCUCAAGCCCCUGCCCGCCCCACCCCCUCUCACUCUGACUUCACCUUUUACCCCCCUCCUUCCUCUUUUCUUUCUCCUCCUCUCCCUCCUUCACCACACUCUGUGAGUGCUGUUUGCCAUCAAGUCAAAAAAAAAAGAAAACUUCUUCUCUCUCGGCUGCUAUCUCCACUCAACCAUGUUCGGAUUGCUGCUAAAGAAAAACAGACAGAUAAAUAAAUAAAAAAUAAAUAAAUAAAAAUAAAUGAAUAAAAAAAACUUUUUAACCCUCCUGCUUCAGAAAAAAUGAAAAAGUUAAACCACUGCAUCUCAUGUAUUUAUUACUAUUUAACAAGAAAAAAAAAAAAAGAAAAAAUGAAACCGCUUUCUGCUGUUUUUUGUUUGUUUUGCAUUCUUUACAGGUAAAGUGUGGGCAUUGAGGAGAAAAAAUUGUAUUGUGUGUGCGUGUGUGUGUGUGCGUGUGUGUGUGUGCAUAAUUUUAAAGGUCCCAUAUUGUACACCUUUCCAGUGUUUUAUUUUAUGAUGACGUUUGUGUGGUUUCACGUGCCAAAAGCAAUCUGUCCAGUUUUACAUUUCCAUUCUCCGUCGCCUCUCGUGAGCUUUACCAAGAUCCGGCUGUUUCAGUGACGGUGUCUUUAAGGCUCGUUAAUAGCGAUUAACCUCUGUUCUGAUUGGCGGGCUAGCUCCGAUGAACAGAGCACCGUCUGUGCCGAGUGCUUGGAUUCGUUCCCUGCUGAAGAAAACUGGCGUAUUGUCACGUCACAACUUCGCAGAAGUCCAAACCGCUAGUUUAAAUGCUCAUUUCCUUCAUACGGAUUGCGUGGAUUUAUUUGGGGACUGUGCCUGUGUUUUGAUACCUUCGGUGUUUUUAUAACACCUUCAACUCCUUCAUUAUCCCUUUAGCAAGGGCAAUGUCCUUUUCCCCAAUAUGGGACCUUCAACGAUGGAAAAGGCUCCUUGAUUGUAGCAGUGCUCACAGAAUGCUGGUUAUGUCAUCGCAGGUCUUGUUCAACCCCAGUUCAGCUGAUGAGUGGUCUGAUGAAUCUACAGUCCACAUCUGCUUGGAUAUGUUCUUACUAGUCCUGCCAGAUUGUGCCUUUGUCUGAUGUACUGGUCUGUGAUUGUUAUGAGUUCCUAUGUCAGGACAGCAGGGGGAGUGGAGUUCUCGUCCACAGCUCUGAAGAUUGUCCUGUCCCUACCCACACACAGGAAACAGGGUGUUGAAACAGGAGUGCACUUUUUGUCAUUUACAUCUGAGGUUAACGUGGAAAAAAAUGUAAUGUGUAAAAUGGGGGCAAAACGUCUACAGGUGGCUUGUUAGGGCAGGGCAAUUGCAUUCCCCGACGGGCCAAUUUGUCACGGAGGGUCAAUUGUUUAGAUUCGUUGGCUAAUUGUCCCCUAGCUCUCAACCCCCGGCUCACUCACAGGGUUAAGCCUGUGGUCUGUGACCUUUAUCCUGAAGAGCUGCAGUCUGCUGGUUUUUUGUUUUCACCUCGGAAGCCAGCAGCCAUUCAGACCAAAGGACCACGGUGAGGUGAGUGUCCCGUGUAGUCCACUACCUUCACUUACCCAAUGGCGCGCCGUGUAGUGAGUGCCACCAGCAGAGCCUGUGGCUCUCUGGAUCCAGGGCUCCCGGCCGCUGGACCUGCCCCGUCCGGCAGCCGGCGUCACGUACGGAAAUAACUGGGCCAAGUAAAUAAUUCACCGGUUAAAUUUGGUAUGAAAUUCCGAGACUUGGGUGGGUCUUUCAGGAGAGGGCGACCAGUCGCCUUGCAGUACGCGGUGCAGAGAGGAGCAGCUGAACUGCGUGCCAUAUAUAUCAAAAUGGGACUUUCGGUGUCCCGUUCCAGAACCUGUUCUUCUCAUCAUCACCGCAGGUGUUCGAUGUAUGAUCCGGAUUGGCAGCUGCUUGCUUGCUGCUCAUCUUUCCUCUGUUUUCUGUGGAUCCUCAAACCUGGUAUGAGUUGGGUGAUGAUUUUGUAUUUAUUUUGUAUCUUGGUGGCAGUAUUUCAAAGCCAAAGCUGGUGCCACGUGUUCUUGAAGGAUUAUGGGUAUGUCUUGCUGGGUGUAUUGUCUUAGGCCGCGACCCUUAAUGCUUAUUCAUAAUGAGUCAGAAAAUCAGACCUUCACCAAUGGCAGAUAUCAAAAUGAUUAAUAUGGAGCCGACCAUCUUUUAUAAUGGUGGCUCGUCACAGUGACUGCUGAUUUGAAGGUACAAUAGGUAAGAUUUUUGUGUUAAAACAUUGUUACAAGACAUGUUCACAGAGAAGGGGGAGAGAUAAACGGUGUUUGUUGCAGCGGUUCCUCUCCCGACUGUUAAAAGUCAGAAAUGACCAAUUGUACCUUUAAUUUCAGGAAUAGUUUGAAAUUUAGCGAAUUUAGUCAUAUUCUAAACAGAUGUUCAGCUCAUUUCAGUCUUCUCUGCAUUCUCCUGAUCUCGAAAACGUUGGGUGAAGGGAGAUUCCGGUGCUGCUACGGAAAAAUUGCAAGAACACACCUGCGUGAAUGAUCGCAAGGGGGGAAGACCGCAAAUGGCGUUUUCACAGCAAUAUCGGUCAAAAUCGCCACAUUGAAACUAUGGAGUUGAGUAGCAUGGCCAGUGCAUAGACUGGGGUUUUUUGUGUUCAGUGAAUGUGUUGAGUUCUCUUGCAGAUGGCUCAUGGCUAGAUGAGAGGCGCAUAGUUUCUGGUGACUCGUACGGAUUCUUCGAUCUCAGAGGAUCUGUCGAGCAGUGGUUCAAUCUUUUUCCCCCCAAACCCCCCCGACCUUCCGGCCAUGAUAACCUGUCUGCCUGUCAACAUGGCAAGUCCACCUGUACACACUCCAAUGCAGUUUGUCAAACCUAUACUAUAUAACCCCAGAAAGGUGCAAAUAUGAUUAUUUAAAUGUUGCCAUAAAUAUGUCAUGGCAAACAGCAAACGUGAGAGUGGCUUCUAUGGAAAUUAAAAAGAUAACAUUUUGUAUACUAUUAAUUUAUGCUUGCUCUGUUACUUAGCUGAAUAGUUACUCACAUCAUGAUGUUUUAUGAUACAUGGGGCGACAUUGGCUCAGGUGGUAAGAGCAGUCGGGAGGGUUGCUGGUUCGAUCCCGCCUUAGGUGUGUCGAAGUGUCCCUGAGCAAGACACCUAACCCCUCAAUGCUCCUGACGAGCUGGUCGGUGCCUUGCAUGGCAGCCAAACGCCGUUGGUGUGUGAGCGUCUAUAUGAAUGGGUGAAUGCAAAGCAUCAAUUGUACAGCACUUUGGAUAAAGGCACUAUAUAAAUUACAACUAUUUACCA